ACUCACUUCUCCAAAACAAACCAUCAAAACAAAAUUUCCAAGCAAUAAAAAGAACAUAUAUACAUAAUAAAGGAAUAUUACUAUACAAAUGGAUGUGGUAGCAAGAAUGGCGUCACAAAGUGCAGUGGUGAUAUUUAGCAAGAGUACGUGCUGCAUGUCUCAUUCAAUUAAACGGCUGUUUUAUGAGCAAGGAGUAAGCCCUGCGAUCGUCGAGAUCGAUCAGGAAAUGUACGGUAAAGACAUCGAAUGGUCUUUGGCCCGGUUAGGAUGCAGCCCUCCAGUUCCCGCAGUUUUCGUUGGAGGGAAAUUCGUUGGUACGGCUAAUACCGUCAUGACUCUACAUCUUGAUGGGUCAUUGAAAAGGUUACUCAAGGAAGCUGGUGCCCUGUGGCUUUAGUACUUUAGUUCAUCUCAUGUGUUCUUAAGAGUUAUAUAUACAUAUGUACUUUGAUCUUUUAAAGCUUAAAUUCUUCACUUUAUGCACGGUUAAUGAAAGCAUAUGUGAAGAGCUGCUUUGUAUUUGGUUGCUAUGUCUUUGUGGAAGUCGAUUUAAUGAUUAACUAUGACCCACUUUCAAUAGAAUCGUUUUAUUUCCACUC